ACAUGCCUUGCAUCCCUCUUCCUCUUUCAUCUCGUUACUCUCUUCUCUCUCUCUCUCUCACGGACUUCUCACUCUUCAUCUCAAAGAAAUUUCUAGGCUUGUAAAAGGGCGGGUUUCUCGUGAGCCUCAUAUCUGUUUUUAGACCUUUUGGGUAUAAAUAGGUAAGGGAUAGAGAGAGAGUUUUCGAUAGAAAGAAGAGGAGUAAAGAAAUGAGUCGAGGGGAGAAGUUGGAGAAGUUAACGUCGAUCGAUGCGCAGUUGAGGCUUUUGGCGCCGGGGAAAGUAUCGGAGGAUGACAAAUUGGUGGAGUACGAUGCUCUGCUCUUGGAUCGGUUCCUCGACAUUCUACAGGAUUUGCACGGCGAAGAUAUUAGAGAGACGGUUCAAGAGUGUUAUGAGUUAUCAGCUGAGUACGAGGGAAAGCAUGACCUGAAGAAGCUGGAUGAACUGGGGAAUAUGCUGACAAGUUUGGAUCCAGGGGAUUCCAUUGUGGUUGCCAGUUCAUUCUCGCACAUGCUCAACUUGGCAAACUUAGCUGAGGAGGUCCAAAUUGCAUACAGGAGGAGGAUUAAAUUGAAGAAGGGAGAUUUCGUUGAUGAGGCUUCUGCCACUACCGAAUCAGACAUUGAGGAGACCCUCAAAAGGCUUGUUGUGCAGCUGAAAAAAUCUCCUGUAGAGGUUUUUGAUGCUCUGAAGAAUCAAACAGUCGAUCUAGUUCUUACUGCUCAUCCAACUCAGUCAGUUAGGAGGUCGCUGCUUCAGAAGCACGGAAGGAUAAGGAAUUGCUUAGCGCAGCUUUAUGCGAAAGAUAUUACGCCUGAUGAUAAGCAGGAGCUUGAUGAAGCACUCCAGAGAGAGAUUCAAGCUGCCUUCAGAACUGAUGAGAUCCGGAGAGCUCCUCCCACUCCACAAGAUGAAAUGAGGGCAGGAAUGAGUUACUUCCAUGAAACUAUAUGGAAGGGUGUUCCUAAGUUUUUACGGCGUGUUGACACGGCUCUGAAAAACAUCGGGAUCAAUGAGCGUGUUCCCUAUAAUGCUCCUCUUAUUCAAUUUUCUUCAUGGAUGGGGGGUGACCGUGAUGGAAAUCCUAGAGUAACUCCAGAGGUUACAAAGGAUGUAUGCAUGUUAGCGAGAAUGAUGGCUGCAAACUUAUACUUUUCCCAGAUUGAGGAUUUAAUGUUUGAGCUGUCUAUGUGGCGCUGCAGUGAUGAGCUUCGAGUUCAAGCGGAUAUUUUACAUCGUACUUCAAAGAAGGAUGCAAAACAUUAUAUAGAGUUUUGGAAACAAAUUCCUUCAAAUGAACCUUACCGCAUUAUACUUGGGUAUGUGAGAGAUAAGCUAUAUUAUACUCAUGAACGUUCAAGGCAUUUAUUGUCAAAUGGGUACUCUGAAAUUCCUGAGGAAGCAACUUUCACCAACAUCGAGCAGUUCCUUGAACCCCUUGAGCUCUGUUACCGAUCGCUUUGCACUUGUGGUGAUAGGCCCAUAGCUGAUGGAAGCCUUCUUGACUUUUUGCGGCAAGUAUCAACCUUUGGCUUGUCUCUUGUGAGACUCGAUAUCAGGCAAGAAUCUGAUAGGCACACUGAUGUCAUGGAUGCCAUCACUAGGCAUCUAGAAAUUGGAUCCUACCGUGAGUGGUCUGAGGAGAAGCGUCAAGAAUGGCUGUUAGCUGAACUUAGUGGAAAACGUCCUUUAUUUGGUCCUGAUCUUCCCAAAACUGAAGAAAUUGCUGAUGUUUUAGAAACAUUUCAUGUCAUUGCUGAUCUGCCUUCUGAUUGCUUUGGCGCGUAUAUCAUCUCAAUGGCAACUGCACCAUCUGAUGUUCUUGCUGUUGAACUCUUGCAGCGAGAAUGCCAUGUUAAGAAACCACUGAGAGUUGUGCCUCUAUUUGAGAAACUUGCAGAUCUUGAGGCAGCCCCUGCAGCCGUGGCUAGACUCUUCUCAAUAGACUGGUACAAAAACAGGAUUAAUGGAAAACAAGAAGUAAUGAUUGGAUACUCGGAUUCUGGUAAGGAUGCUGGGCGACUUUCUGCAGCUUGGGCAUUAUAUAAAGCUCAGGAAGAGCUAAUAAAGGUUGCCAAGCAAUAUGGUGUAAAGUUGACAAUGUUCCAUGGGCGAGGUGGUACUGUUGGGAGAGGAGGUGGUCCGACCCAUCUUGCUAUAUUAUCUCAGCCACCAGACACAAUCCAUGGAUCACUUCGAGUUACAGUUCAAGGUGAAGUCAUUGAACAGUCUUUUGGUGAAGAGCAUUUGUGUUUCAGAACGCUCCAAAGGUUCACAGCUGCUACUCUUGAGCAUGGGAUGCACCCACCGAUUUCUCCCAAGCCAGAAUGGCGUGCUCUGAUGGAUGAGAUGGCUGUUGUGGCCACAAAGGAAUAUCGAUCAAUUGUCUUUCAGGAACCACGCUUCGUUGAGUACUUCCGCCUGGCAACACCUGAAACGGAGUAUGGUCGGAUGAACAUUGGCAGUCGGCCUUCAAAGAGGAAACCCAGUGGAGGCAUAGAGUCUUUACGUGCAAUCCCAUGGAUUUUUGCAUGGACUCAGACAAGGUUUCACCUUCCUGUGUGGCUUGGCUUCGGUGCAGCAUUCAAGUAUGUCAUGGAAAAGGAUAGCAAGAACCUGCAUACCUUGCAAGCUAUGUACAAUGAGUGGCCAUUCUUCAGGGUAACCAUUGACCUGAUUGAGAUGGUUUUCGCAAAGGGAGAUCCAGGCAUUGCUUCUGUAUAUGAUAAACUUCUCGUUUCGAAAGAUUUAUGGCCGCUUGGUGAGCGAUUGAGAGCCAAUUACGGAGAGACAAAGAAUCUUCUUCUAAAGGUUGCGGGUCACAGAGAUCUUCUUGAAGGAGAUCCAUACUUGAAGCAGAGGCUUCGCCUUCGAGAUUCUUACAUAACAACUCUAAACGUUUGCCAAGCCUACACUCUGAAGAGAAUCAGAGAUCCUGAUUAUCAUGUAAAACUGAGGCCUCACUUGUCCAAGGAUGUCAUGGAAUCUAGCAAACCAGCUGCAGAAUUGGUGAAGCUGAACCCAACUAGCGAGUAUGCUCCAGGUUUAGAAGACACAUUGAUUCUUACUAUGAAGGGGAUAGCUGCGGGUAUGCAGAACACCGGUUAGAACUUCUGGGUUUCAUAAUUAUGGAGGGCUUUUUUCCCCCCACUUAUAUAUAUGUUUGUAUCUAGUUACAGUAAUUCAUUAUCUUGGAGUACAAACGUUUGGCUGCUUCAUGGCAUGCUUGUAUUUAUGUCUACUUGCGCAAAUUGAAUGAAAGGGCUCUUUUGGCCUAGUAGCCCCCUCAUCUUUUGAAUAAACAUUGCGCUUCCAAGGAGAGCUGUUUGCUUUGCUGAAA